CAACCCUCAUCUGCCAGAGAUGCACUGUGAUACUCACACAGGUAAACUGCCUAUAAAAUGUGACACAUGUGGAAAAGACUUUCAGUAUAAAUCAUUACUAGAGAAACAUCUGAGAAUCCACACAGGUGAGAAGCUGUUUGCAUGCAAAACAUGUGGGAAAAGAUUUAUUCAUAAAUCAUCAUUGGACUCUCAUAUAAGAACCCACACAGGUGAGAAGCCAUAUUCUUGCAAAACAUGUGGGAAUGGAUUCACGUCUAAAUCAACAUUGGACUCUCAUAUAAGAAUCCACACAGGUGAGAAGCCAUUUGAAUGCAAAACAUGUGGGAAAGCUUUCAGAAAUAAUGCUCACUUGGUAAUCCAUAUAAGAACCCACACAGGUGAGAAGUCAUAUUCUUGCAAAACAUGUGGGAAAAGAUUUACGGCUAAAUCAACAUUGGACUCUCAUAUGAGAACCCACAUAGGUGAGAAGCCAUAUUCUUGCAAAAUAUGUGGGAAUGGAUUUACGGCUAAAUCAACAUUGGACUCUCAUAUGAGAACCCACACAGAUGAGAAGCCAUAUUCUUGCAAAAUAUGUGGGAAUGGAUUUACGGCUAAAUCAGCAUUGAACUAUCAUCUAAGAACCCACACAGGUGAGAAGCCAUAUUCUUGCAAAACAUGUGAGAAAAGAUUUAGUCAUAAAUCAGCAUUGAACUCUCAUAUGAGAACCCACACAGGUGAGAAGCCAUAUUCUUGUGAAACAUGUGGUAAUGGAUUUAGUCAUAAAUCAACAUUGGACUCUCAUAUAAGAACCCACACAGCUGAGAAGCCAUAUUCUUGUGAAACAUGCAAAAAAAAAUUCCAGCGUAAUUUUCACUUGAAAGUCCACAUGAGAACCCACAUGGGGGAAAAGCUGCAUCACUGCAGCACAGAGGGUCCAGAGAUCAAAGAGUAACAGGAGGAACUAAAAGGAGUUUGACACUUCUGACUUCAGGGUUACACUCGUAUUCAUAUCACACAUGUUAGUUACCAAGGUAGAAUGGUGCAUCACAUUUUAUGGUUUGUAAAUAAUGAAUGUCUGUAUAAAUUGUCUUGAAGAGAUGCUGUCAAGUAAUUUCUUUCUAAAUGCUGCAAACUUAUUGUGAUUUUAGAAAAAUGUAAACCAAUCAAAUGUUAACGUUCAUUGUUUUUUUAUUUUUUCAGUUUUAAUUUUUUUCGUAAAUGCAUUUGUAUGAACAUGGAGAUAAUGGUGUGUGUUGUAUUUCAUGCCAAGUAAUUACAAUAAAUGAAUUUACUUCCCUUAAAGAUCUC